GUGGGAGGGGGAAUGAGACCAAAAUAUAAAAAAAAAUGGUCUCAGCUUGUCACAUGACUUUUUCAACAUGUCGACUGACUUGUCGUUUGGUUCGGUUCCUCCUUUUUAUAGGGAGGUAUAUAACAUAGUAUGUCCAAACCAAGAACAAGUUGAUAGAGAUCUUUUCCUUCAACUACUUGUGCGAUCCAGUUUACCAAAGCCCGUUAUCAUGCAGAUCUGGGAUGCUGUGGAUACAAAUGGUGGCAUGAUGACAAGAACAGGCCUGUACAAAGCUCUAGCACUUACAGCCCUAGCCCAGCAAGGAAAACCUGUCAAUGAGAAGCUGCUAGAGACUUUUUCUGGGCAAGAAUUGCCAAAGCCAAACUUAGGAGAUUUGACUGAAAUGAAAUCAGAAAGUGUAAAGAUGAGACGAGAACGGACACCAAAUGUUUUAGGUUACAGCUAUUUAGACUUGUGCAGUAUUGACACUGUCAAAGUGGAACUAGUACCAGAAAAGAAGGGCUUAAUUCUGAAGCAUGUGGAGUAUGAGGUCACAAGUCAGAGGUUCAAGUCUACAGUUCUUCGUCGUUACAGUGACUUUUUUGCCUUACAUGAGUUGAUAAUGACACGCUUUCCAUAUCGUAUCCUGCCUCGAUUGCCACCAAAGAAAAUGAUGGGAGCUAACAGAGAGUUUAUUGAGCAAAGGAAGAAGUGUCUAAAACGCUACAUCAACAUUUUGGCUAGACAUCCACAGAUGCAUGAUGACAAGCUGAUAAAGUAUUUUCUGACCUUUACAGGAAAUGACAUGCAGCACAAAAUUAAGGAACAAUUUCGUGGCAUUCCAGAUGAGUUCAUGACCAGUAAUAUGGCUAGUAAAGCAAAAGAUCUUGUGCCCAUGGACACACAGACACAGCUCUCAAACAGCAAGGAUCAUGUCCGCAUGUUGUAUGAUAAUGUAUCUAAAAUGAAGGAAAUAGCAGAACACAUGGUGGUUCGGUCCACAGGUUUUGCUACUGACAUGCUUACCUUUGGGCGUCAGCUGAGCUACAUGAGUGUUGAUGCCACUCCUCUGACAGCAUGGGCAACAGGUACCAAUGACACAUGGCAUCCAUUGCAGAAGGGCUUUCGGCGACUUGCUGUGGAGUAUGCAACAAUUUCAGACAAAGCUACGCAGGAGGCAAUUGACUUAGAAGAUGGUGUGGUUGAGAAGCUUUCUCUGUUUUUGGAUAUAUUGACUGGCUACAGGGAUCUUUGUGAACGCCAUGAAAAAGGCGUUCUCAGUGAACAUCAGCGAGCCAUCCAGAAGAUGGGACAGUACAAGAAAAAAAAGAUGUCUGCCACUGUUCAGAGUUCAAAUGAGAGUGCUGUGGAACAACUGGAACAGAGAAUCUUGGAGCAAGAAGGUCAAAUUGCCAACAUGGAGAACCGCAACUACUACUCCCUGCACUGCCUUCAGAUGGAGACUCAGCUGGUUUAUGCACAUCUGGACAUCUUUUACAGCAUUCUCAGCUGUAUGAUGGAGGUUGAAGCCCAGGCAAAUGCACAGCUGGCAAAGACGUGGAGCUUUUUAAAACCAAUUGUAGAUAGCCUUACCAUUCAGGAUGGUCCACCAUCACCUACACGUACAUCCCCUGUUGGAUCCCCAACAAACGACAAUUACAUGGGCUUCAGAAUCGGCAAAGCUCCAUUUAAAUCACAGGGUACGAUAUAGGCAAGGUAUAGUGAUGUAAGAUGACUUUUUUAGACUGAAGUUGAUUCCACAUUGUACUUGGGUAGAAGCAUGAGUUUCUAAUUUAGUUCCAGCAAUGAGUAAAAGUAUCAGCUUAACAGAUAAAGUUAGUCUUAGCAAAGAGUUUCCAGUUUCCCUCUUGUUAUUCUUUUUUUUGGCUGUCUGUUUUAAAUUUUUUACAAUUUUCAGUUUCUUCAUUGAUGCAUUUUUUGUUAAACCACUUUUAUAAAAAUUUGAAGUUAAAAGCAGAGCACACAAAAUUCAGGUAAUCCCUUUUCCCCAUACCUGGCUUUGAAUCAGUUUGAGUUAUUCUAGUCAAGUGUGUUGAUAAGUCAGAUUGGAGUUUCUUGAACCAGUCACUGGACUCUGAUUCGAUGUUUCUAAUUUCACAGAAAACUUUAUAUAGGGACAUCUGUUCAUAGUAUUUAUUGUUUUUGCUACAAAGGAAAAUUUGUUUUUCCUCUGAGAUGUUUUAAAUGCUGCAAAACAGACUUGUCAGCUUGAAGAAUAUAUAGUCAAGCCUGCACAAAGUUAUUACCAAAAACUAAGUAAUAAUGUAACAGGUUUGCGUAUGUGUUUGCGUGUGUGCCUUUACAAUUAUUUAUACUCAGCAUUUUAUGAAACUGAUGGCUGUAUAUAGUUCAUGAACCUCAGAAAAAUGCUUUAUAUGAAGCUGAAAAAGUUGAUAACAUUUUGUUGUCUUGCUGACAGUGCCUUAUAAGUGCUUUGUUUCAAGUGAACAUUUCUUUAAUAGUUAGGAACCUUUUUAAAGCAGCCAGUACAUGUUAGUUUUUCUCUAACUGUUGCACACAAGCUGAAAACACCAGCUGAAGUUGCUCUUUCGAAAACAUAGUGAGGUUUGGAAAUAAAAGUUCAAAGCACAGGUAUCCCCUGGUUACAAGGUUUUCUUCUUUACAGAUACAGCAAAGUCUUCAAUUUAUAAGGGUGAGUUUAAGGAUUCAAAAUACCCAGCUGAAUAUGAAGCAACUUUCUGAUGCUUCACUGGCAGACACACCUACAGUUUUACCUCACUAUGAUGCCUCCAUCCGUCCAAAAUAAAUUUUAAAGCGAAAAUGAGCAAUGCAAAUGGUAUAUGGUUACAAGCCAAACGUUGCAUUUAGUAUUAGCCAUUUCUGCUCUUACCUCUUGACAGCUUUUGAUUGGUUAAUAACCAGUGGCUGAUCUCAUGAUCGUGUGUUAUUUGCUUUGAUCAUGGUCCCCAGUUUAAGAAAGGGGAAAGGCAAUAAAGGCUGUUGGAGACUGUUAAUUAUAAAUAAUCUUUCUAAAAUAUUUACUUUUUUUUACUGAUUUUUUAUUAUUGGAAAAGAUGUUGGUCUGUGGACUGAGAUAUACUUAAAUAGUUUUCCCAUUGAAAGCUGGUAUAUGCAUCUUUGCUUUACAAGCAAAUUUUGAAAAAAAAAAAAACUUUUGUAAGGCAGGGGAUGCCUGUAAAAUUAGGUGUUCUUUCUGAAAUAAUACCAAUGUGCAAAUUUAGUUACUUGUUUUUAUUGAUUUUACUUUUUUAUACCUUAUCUUGGAUGGAUAUGUUACAGUUUCUGUGUGGCAUGUAAACUCAAUUUGAAAUCUACAAGGACAUCUAGUACUUCAAGAAAAUAAAGUUGCUAUACACUUUCUAAAACAGAACUGGUAAUGAAAUUUUGUGUUAAUAAGGGAUAGCGCAAUUUGCUUACUUUAAUUUGUACUAAAACCUAAAAUAACUUCAUGACUUUAACUAGUUAUUGUAGCUUAUUCUAACUUAACAUUUCCAAAAGGGAAUUUAUUGUACAAGAUAAGGUAUAAUCAGACAAAAGCAAAGCCUUCCCUUGAAAAGCUGAAAAAAAUUCCCACUCUUCAAUUUCAAUACCACUAUCAAUAUUUUCCUAACCCCACUCCCACCUUUACAUCGUUCUUCCCAACACAGGAGCUAGCUUUUCUAGUACUACAUAAAGAAUAACCAGGAUAUUUUUUUAAUAUUGAUUUAUGCUAAAGAAAAAAUUCUCUUUCACCUGUAAUUGUAAUAGGGGGACUAGCUAUGUACCUUACAGAAAAGGUCUUAGGGGGAAAAAAGUUUAGUGGAAACGACAGGAGAAAAAUUUGGUAUGCAUUUAUCCCAUUUUUUAUGCAUUUUCUUCAGUUUUUCUUGUAUCAGGGCACAUUACAAAUAUAAAAUAGCAAAUACAAAUUAGCAAAUACAAAAGAGGUGUCCAAUACACAUAUAAGGACAUCACAGAUCCUGAAGGUUUCAUUCCAUAAGAUAGAACCCAAUCGCUUGAAUAGUUUUUUUGUCCUUUUGUUAUAUAUCUUGUUAAGAUUGUAAAAUUAUUUUAUCAUUCAUACUUGUAAAGGAAGAAAAACUGGCAAUGUUGUAAAAUGCCAAAAAUAAAGGUUGUAGAUGAAAGUGGGUGCAUGCAUCUGCAAAUACGUUUCUCAUUAAAAUGCGUGCACAAUCAAUGCACUACUUAAAGCCCUUGCUCCAAACACCAAAUAAUAAUUGUUUGUUGACAAAUCAAACUGCUUCUAUUAAUUAAAUGUUGAUUCAUGGUGACUGUACAUGCAGAAUGCCCUAUUUUUGUAUUGUUUUCUAAGUUUUAGGGAAAACAUGCAAAUAUAUUGUAUCACAGCGUGUCCUGAACUGAAAUUAAAAAUUAAUUUUCAGAAAAUAACUUCAGUGUUGGAAUGCUUAAAAACAGCAUUUUAUCAAAUGGUCCAAAUCAAAACAGAGUAUGUUAGAGAAUUUCAAUUUGCUGCAUUAUUGUAUUUUUUUUUUUAAUUUGGUAAUGAUUCAUACCUUCGGGCAAAACUGAUUGCAUGAUAAGUAAUUACUGUUUGUUCUUUAUGUCAAUCAGUUUGCUUCUUGUAUUAUUAUUUCUUUUCAAAAGAUUUUAGUUGUAACUAUUUACAUUUGCUGUUAGGUAAUGUACCAGACAUAUCACCUUUAUCAAUGUUAUCUCUGCUGCGCUGCUGAUUUAAAAGUAUUACUGCUAAGUGACAAGUUGUUAACUUCACUGUUUGUUGUUUUGUACAGAUUAAUUAUGCAUACAUUUCUUUAAAAUGCAUCAAGGACCCUAUAAUAAAUAAUUUAUAUUCUGUCCAUCAUGCACUCUUUUGCAAAACAUAAUAGAUUUUAUGCCUCAUGUAUAAUUAAAAAAGACACUUUAAGAUAUCAUAUAGAAUAAUGUUAAUUUUGGCAUAUCAUCCCAUUAACCACAAAAAAACCCUGCAAAACAUAUGCCCUUGAGCUCAAAGUGGACCACUUUCUUUCAAAGUAUUUCACAAAUUUUGAAGGAAUGUUUGCAGAAAACAUUUCUUGCUCAUACAUGUCAUCACUCAGAACAUUAGUAACAAUAAAAAAAGUAACACCCCAUUGGUCAGAAAAUAUUUAUAAACUCAACAUUCCUUGAUGGUCAGCACAGUUAAUGACAUGAAGAGCCAGAUUUCUUUAAUGUUUUGCAGAAGGCUACUUUUGUCUUUAAAAAAAUCUUUAAAAAAAAGUUUGGAAUAAUACCAGCCUUUUGAACCUUCAAGAACUGUUGGCUAGUGUAAAGAGAUACAUGACUGCUUAGCUUGAACUCUGUCACAGGAGACACUCUUAUGGAAGUCCUUGGGUAGUUGACAUGAGAAGUAGGUGGCAUAAAUAUAAAAUGCAGGCAGACACAACAGACCAAGGGGAAAAGAAAUAUUUUAACGAUAUAUGGAUAAUGAUUGACUCCUUAAACCCAUGCUAUUGCUUAAGAUCUAAAAACAUAUUCUAUUAGGGCUAAGCAAUUCUCUAAAGUGACUGCAAACUGAUAUGCAGUGAAAAAUAAAUAAACAGAAAAUAACGUUCUGGUGAUGGGUUUUAUUUAAAUUUGCUCUUUCCUUUUUCCAUUGCAUGUUUACUUUCAUUGUGAAUUAAUUUUUUUUAAAUAAAUGAAAAUUAGACAAAUGCUCAUAAGAUUAAGUAUUACACAGUUUUUAGAUGAAUUGGUAACUAUACUGUACAAAGUUUACUAUGUCUUUCCUUUCAGAGGGAAAUAAUUAAGCCAGUCACACACACAUUCCAGCAUGUUUUUAGAAUGCUUCAUGUAUAUCUCUUAUAUUUAUGUAAAAUUCCUUAAGUAAUUGUAUACAAUUUAAAGAUAGCAAUAAUAGAUAAUUAUAUGGUACAAUCAUAUUCCUUACAAUUUUUUCACUAGUGAAAGAAAUAUCUAUUGGAGAAUGUGGAAAUCUUCCUGAACCUUAUGUCUUUUUUAAGGCUUUGUCUAACACAAACCAGUGUGUGCUGUUGUUCAAUCAAAAUACUAUGUUUGAGUAGAAUGCAACUCUUGGUAGGAAGUUAUUGCCAGUUGGAAAAAAAAUGUUAAAGUCCUUAUCACAUCACUGUUACUGAACACAAUUGUGUCAAAUUAUUUUCAUUCAUUUUUGUUUCCAGUUGUGUAUUAUUUACUUGCUAACUUUUUUGUGCUUUAAUGUCAUUCUAGUAACCAUGUUUAUAUCAAAACAAGACCACUGCUGUAAGAUUUAAAACCUUAUUCAAUCUGCUUUCAAACAUGUCUUGAUGUUAUGCCAAUAGAAAAAAGCCAGUACACAUAUUUUGCACUUAUAAAGCAUCAUAAAUGAUCAACGAUAGCUUAUUAAUGAAAACUAUUUCAUCUAAUGUGAAUUGUUCAGGUAGGAAUAUUAAAGUUUAAGUAAUAUAUAUUUAGAAUCUGUACAUAUCACAAAUCAUAUGUUCUUUGUUGGUCAAAUUUUGAGAAGAAAAAGAAACUUGUACUGAAAAAAUUC